CACCUGGGCACCAGACACACCCAAUGGGGACAGUUUGUCUGGACAGUCAAACGCUGUCUGUCCCCGAGUGGGAAUUAGGUGGCGAUCAGGAAGCCAGGGCAGUGCAGCUUAGAUUUCUGUACUGUGAUGUUUAUCUCUGUUGUGCUGUUGUACUAGAUACUGACUUAGAUCUAACCAUCAAUAGUAUCUACAUGAUCUGAAGGAAGUCACAUGAAUGGUGAACAGGCAGCUGUUUGGGGUCAGUUGGCGUGCUGCUUUUCAUACGUGUAUUUAGGGAUCUACUGGAUCUUCUCUGGGUGAUCAGUUAAAAGUAUUUUCAAAUCAGAGUUGUUCGAUAUCACAAUAUAGCCGAUAUCACGAUAUCCACGAUAUACCCGGUGUCUGAACAAAUGUUUAUGCCUGUCAUCUGAAGCCCUGGUGAUUAUUGAGCAUGUGCCAUGUAGUCACAACACGAUAUGUGCAGCCCUAUCUUUAGUGUAGUAAUUUGGUUGCAAUUCUAGCUGUAUUUUCAGUGAUCGGCAUGCAGAAUGAACUACAGGCAGUUGUGGCAGAUGGAGAGGACACGCAAGUGAGCUCCAACCAUAAGCUUGGAUUUAAUUAACAGCAAAAUGUAACCAGAACUAAACUACUAAUAUCAAGGCCUUCAACUGCAACUGAGCGCUGGUCAAAGGAAGGCAGGGAAGUCAACUAUAAUAUAGCCGUUUGGUCUUUUAAAAAGGUUUCUCCACAUUUCAAUACUAUAACAGAGGGACAGGGCACUGUGACAUUCUUAUGUAGGAGGGCGACCAGAAAGCAUUUCAAUUACACAGUACAUAAAUUUACUCAUUGAAAUGCAAGCACUUGAGAAACUUUAGCCUACAUGUGGCUAAAACAUAAAUAUAAACUCAUAUUUAACAUGAACUGUAUUUUACAUAAUAUACUGUAUGGAUUAAAUAAAUAAACAAGUAUCCUGCAGGUUAAAUUGCAUUGCCAUUUGUGGAACAUAAUGAGAUCAGUGUUUACAUAUGAAGAAUCUUAGUAUCGGUAUCAGAGUAAAUGCAAGGUGACUGUUGUGUAUUUAAUGCUUUGGAAAGCUGUCAGGAGAAAAAAACAUGAAGAGUAAAAGAGACAUGAAUAGAGAGAGAGAGAGCGAGAGAGAGAGAGAGAGACGGAGAGUGCUGUCGUGGGAGAUGGAGAGAGACGCCGCGGUCUGCGGGAGAGGAGCAGGUGCGGCUUUGCCCUUAAAUGGUAAAAGACUGUGUCAUGUGACGCCGUCAGCAGAAGACAACAGAGCAUCCUCCUGUUAAGAUGGAGGCAGGGUAGGCCUGGGAAACGACCAGCCGCAGAUGCAUCAUCAUCACGGCCCGAUCCCUUUGUGUGUCUCGCUUGUGCGGUGAAUGCGCAGCACUCUGCGUCUGACGUGACGUUCGGUGCUCAGAAAUACAAGCGACAGAGCGAUUGAAAUUACCUUUUAAUUCUCCAUUUUGUAUUGUGUCUCUGCUGGUCAGAAAUGCUUCACGUCAUGGAAGGGAUAUUGGCAAUAAUACCCAGUGCAAGAAACCUGACACUUCUGAAUAAAACCGUGGGAGUCAUAAAGAGAGACGAAUCACAAACGAUACUGUGCAUGCAGAGCAGUGUAUUAUCCCUGGUUUGAUAAUGUUUUCAGUUUUGGAUUUUACCCGCGUGGGUAUCAGCCUGCGAGCUGACUGUCUGUCGGUCAUCUGUCUCGUUUCAUGGUGUUUUACAGGCCGCUGCCUGAGGAGGGUGACAUGGAAACUUCCUGUGGUCUCAUGGAUGACAGAACCUCUCCUCUGAAUGUGGCUGGCGGGGGUGGCAGCGGGGGCGGGGGCCCAGUGCACCAUAAGCGGCGCACAUUAGUGGCCCCCGAGAUGAACCUGUCGCUGGACCACAGCGAGGGCUCCCUGCUCUCUGACGACUUCCUGGACACGCCCGACGACCUGGACAUCAACGUCGACGACAUCGAGACGCCCGACGAGACUGAUUCUCUGGAGUUCAUCACCAGCGGCAAUGAUCUGGAGUGGGAAGAUGACACGCCGGUCGCAUCUGCCAAGGCCCCCCCCGGGCAGCAGGGUGGCCAGGAAGGUGAGGAUGGUGACGGGGCCGCCGGAAACGGACGGCUGUGGAGGACGGUGAUCAUCGGGGAACAGGAGCACCGGAUUGACAUGCAGGUCAUCCGGCCGUACCUGCGUGUCGUCACGCAUGGCGGUUACUAUGGCGAAGGCCUGAAUGCCAUCAUCGUGUUUGCGGCCUGCUACCUCCCCGACAGCAGCUGUGCAGACUAUCACUACAUCAUGGAGAACCUCUUCCUGUAUGUGGUCAGCAGUCUGGAGAUGCUGGUGGCCGAAGACUAUAUGAUCAUAUACAUGAACGGUGCCACACCACGAAGGAGGAUGCCAGGGAUCAGCUGGCUGAAGAAGUGCUACCAGAUGAUUGACAGAAGGCUGCGGAAGAAUCUGAAAUCACUGAUUAUAUGUCACCCCUCCUGGUUCAUUCGCACUGUGCUGGCCAUCUCCAGACCCUUCAUCAGUGUGAAAUUUAUGAACAAAAUCCGUUACGUGCACAGUCUGGAGGAGCUGGAACAGAUCAUACCCAUGGAGCACGUCCAGGUUCCGGAGUGUGUCCUGCAGUUUGAUGAAGAAAGAAUUAAAGCUCAGAGAGAAAGGAUGGAACAGGAACAGCAGAGGGAACCAAUGCAUGCUUAUCCACAGGCUUCAGCCAAUCCAGAGAGGGAUGCAACAACAAUGGAGGAACAUGGACUGUAAAGCAAAUCUGUAUGCAAGGGAGAAGUUUAUAUAUUUAUUGGAGGAAACAACCGCACAAUGAAAAGAUUUCUUUCUGUUCUUGAUUCAUUAUUGAAAUAAAAAAUGAAGCUGCUCUUUGAGAUCCCCAUCCAGAUGCUCCCCCCCCACCAGUCAAACUGCACGCUCCCUUAAACUCUUUUGCUGUGGGAUUUAUGUCGUCAAAGACCCAGCAUGUGCCACCGCAAUGGAAACAGUGUCUCUUCUGGGACGUACGAGCUGCGCGAUCCUAGAGGUUGUCCUCAUCCCUUCGAUAAAUGCACAUCUGUUUUAUUGGCUCACAGCAUGCGUGUCACACAGCCCUUGCUAAACAUGUAGCAUAGUCUUUGCAAAUCUCAUUCAAGGGCACUGUUGUGUUUGAGGAACAGACAGGGAGAUCCAGGGAAAGAGUCACGCAAUGUGUUUUGAAGACGAAGAGGAGUUUUUAUACAUUAUAUUUUACUUGGGCGUAGUACCUGAAAAGGGCUGGACAAGUAAACAAAGCAGUUUGUUAUUGUGUUUUUUCGUAUUUACUGGUUUAUAUCCCAUUAUACCAAUGACCAGCUCAGCACCAAGUCUGAAAGCCAGCUGCAUGUAUGUCCCCUGUGCAUGCUGUGUGUACAUGCUGUGUGUACAUGCUGUGUGUACGUGCUCUGUGUACACUCUCUGUACAUGCUCUGACAAGCGGAUUAGAGGAGUUGUCUCUCACUGCUAAUUUUAAAGACAAAACUUUCACUGCUGAUUUGAGAAAUGAAUCUCUCACUGCUGAUUGUAAGGACAGAUCUUUCAUUGCUGAUUGGAGGGAUGCAUCUCUCGUUGCUGAUUUUAAGGACAGAUCUUUCACUGCUGAUUGGAGGGAUGCAUCUCUCGUUGCUGAUUUUAAGGACAGAUCUUUCACUGCUGAUUGGAGGGAUGCAUCUCUCACUGCUGACCGGAAGAACAAAUCAUCCUUUUCUGACCGGAAGGACAUACCCAUCACUGCUGAUUGGAAGGAUGCAUGUCUCGCUACUGAUUGGAAGGAAGAAUCUCAUACUCUGAGGGCUGAACCUCUCGCUGCCAAUUAUAGGGUCACGUCCCUUGCAGCUAGAAGCCAGCGGCUUGCAGGUGCCAUGUAGCAUAGGAGGAGAUGAGCCUGAAGAAACAGCCACUUUUACCAGCUGAAACCCCCUGUAUAAACCCCUAGUCACAGUCUCUACCUAUGUACUCUGUGAGGCUCUGGGGCACCUUCCAUUACACCAUGAAUGAAGACCCUGGAGAGAUACCCGUGGUGGAUCUAGUUCUGCUAAAUGGAAAGUAACCCUUUUCACCAGCACAAAGCAACAGUGUCUUGAGCAACAACACCAAGCUGUCAUUAUAGAUGCAUAACUCGUGUCAUGCUCCCUCUCAAAGCACACAGCCCCACCCCCCGUAAGACAAUCACAGCUUGAGUGUCUGUCCUGCAGAGUGGUGAAGCACUUAAAGUGGUGAUGUUGAUAUUUAUGCUCAUUGUCUCAGAUGUUAUCUGAAAUGUGUAACAAUGUAAGCGUUUGAGCUUUCUUCCCAUAAAGCUGUAUAUUACAACUGCGCCUUCACUAAGUGUACCUUCCAUUCCACUGCGAUGUCAGGACGCUUAAGGCCUCAUUGCCUCUUCAUUUUAAAUUGAGGGGAGACAAUGAAGACAAAUCCAGUACAACAUGGCCUGUACUUGUUUUGGUGCCUCAGCAAAGUAGUUGAUGUGAUAACAAACUACAUGCUUUUCUUUAUGUAGUUUGGUGUUUCCCAGUCCGAUCCUCGGGGUCCUGCAGACGGUUCACGUUUUUGCUCCCUCCCAGCUGCCAUUCCAAUGCUCUGCCUGGCAGGGAACUGGGAAGGAGCAAAACCAUGGGCCAUCUGUGUCCCCCCCAUCUGGGAAACACAGAUGUAAUUAAUUAAGUGAGUAUCCAUUUGCUUCAGUCCCUGAGACAAUGAGGGAGUCUUGUCCCCAUUCUGGUUUUGUCCGUAUCGUUUUGACAGCCUGCAGCAUGCUUCAUUUGCUGAAUUGCAUUGUUAAUUUAUUUCAGUACUGCAUCCAACCAAAAGAAAACUGAAAUAUGACUGAGAGUUAUUUAUUUUUUCUAUUCAUUACAUAAGGUUUAUAUUGUUUGAAAAAUAUUUCUUUGCACUAAUAAUUCUCUAAUUAAUUGCUAUGAUAUAAGGAAAAUCAGAUCUGAUCUGAGAUGUUUUGUUGACACGUUUUUACUUAUUUAAUUAUAUUUAAAUUCAGUUGAAAAUUUUGUCUUAAUGAAAAGAUCUUCAACGAAUCUUAUUGAUGAAAAACUACAAACAGAUGGAGACUGGUGUCCUACUACACAGCCUUAAUGAGAGAACAUUCAUUUUUUUGGACAAGUUGGCAUAGUCAUCUUCUGCAUAGUGACUUUAAAAUAAAUUUGAAAUCAGCUUCAUUGCUCUGAUGUAUCAUAUUCCACAGUGAGUGAAAGUCAAGACACACACCAUGAAUGUCCUCAUCAUGGUGGAAUUGUCCUAUCGAUUGGCCUUUGGCUUUAACUAGGUCACCAUUCUUAAAGGGUUUUGAUUAUUUUUAUAUUUGCCAAGAAAGUGCCAUUUCUGGAUGAUAUGCCUAACUAUAUUUUUGUGCCAAAUUUGUAUCACACUGGUUAUGAAGCUCACCUUUCACGAAUUCGCUGCCAACAUGUAGUGACAAGCUUGGAAAGUAAAGUUACAUUGAUUCCAGAUUGCUCCUAACUCAUAACAUACACGUAAAUCCGUCUCACUGAAACUGUGCUUUGUGAAAACAGCCAGUGCAAUCAACUGUUUCUUGUAAAUAAUUCAUGAUGUUAUCAAUAAAGUAAAAUUUGGGAAAAUUGCAAUAUCAGAA